AUGUCUGAUGACUCUAUCGGCCCCCGAAUAGCCUCCCUUGUGGUAGCCACCUUCAACGGCCUCUCCCUCAAGUCUGGCAAGCCAGCCACCCGAUCCAACGGAGUCAGAGAAUGGACAGUUCUCGCCGGUUUGGUCGCAGUGAUGUCCGAUGACCUGCUCGUGCCACUAGCACUAGCCACUGGUGUCAAAGCAUUGCCCAACAAGGCCAGAGAGUACUCCAACGGCCUCAUGGUGCACGAUAUGCACGCAGAGGUGUUGGUGUUGCGGCUCUUCAACUGGUACCUCCUAGAACAGUGCCAUCUCGUCAAGAAUAGCCAGACAUCGCAGUUGGUUGAAGAGCACAAUGGAGGGUACAGAAUACGUCCUGGGAUCCAGUUGGCACUCUACAUCAGCGAGCCCCCGUGUGGCGAUGCCUCCAUGGGAGCAUUGAUGGAACACGAUCUGGAGCCUUGGAAAAAGAAGCAGAAGUUGGGCCAACAGGUCACCAGAGGAAGAGGCCAUUUUGACCAGCUUGGCGUGGUCAGAACCAAGCCAGGACGCAACGACAGCAUCCCUACGUUGAGCAAGUCCUGUUCAGACAAGCUCUGUGAGAGACAGCUCACUGGAAUCACCAAUUCGUGGACUUCUGUGCUCUUUCCCCAGGGGGUGUAUCUCGACUACUUGGUGCUUCAGCGCAGCAAGUACAGCCAGGUCGACUGCACCAGGUGCUUCUCCAGAGCACGAGGUGUCCAGGAAGCUGAAUUCCACCCGUUGGAGUUCAGGCUCUACGAGAAAGAUGACUAUGAGUACCAUAAGCCUGAAAAAAACGACCCUUCGGUGGUUCCAUCGCAGUUGUCAUUAUUAUACAUCGUACCCAGCAAAACUAUACAGGUGCUCAACAACGGGGUCAAAAACGGUUCUUUUGUCAAGAACAAACCUCCCAAGAAAGGAGGGUCUAGUUUGAUAUGCAAUCAACAAUUCCACGAGAAAUUUGGGGACCUCAUGGACCUCGAGGCUAGCACUUACCACGAGUUCAAGCAACUGAACCAGCCAAGAUGCGAGCUCAAGCAGAGGGUCCGCAGCAAUCUUGGAGGUUGGGUUCCAACCGAUAUCGAUGAUUUCGAGCUAUAG